AUGAGCUUAGUUCUCAGAUUCCGUCAACAUUUAUCAACUAGGUUAUCUCAAAUCUCCAGACUAUCACUUGCUCCUCGCAUCGGCGAUUGCCGGAGCUACGGACAAGCAGCGAGAAAAGAGGAUGAAGAAGAAGAAGAGGAAAUCGAUCAGAGGAAGCUCCCAACCGAUUACGAUCCAGCGACAUUCGAUCCAACAGAGCACCGUAGUCCUCCAACGGAGCGUGUGUUCAGACUCGUCGACGAGAUCUCGUCUCUAACAUUAUCAGAAAUCUCCGAGCUCGGCGCGAUUAUAAUGAAGAAGAAAGGAAUCACGGAGCUACCAGCCGUCGCCGUCAUGAAACCUGGAGCUGGCGGGAUCCUCGGCGGAGGAAUGUCUCAGGGACAAAGCGGCGGCGGUGGUGCGAGCGAGGAAGCUAAACCGGAGAAGACUGUGUUCGAGAUUAAACUGGAAGGCUUUGAAGCAUCUGCUAAAAUCAAGAUCAUAAAGGAGGUGAGGAGUUUUACCGAUUUGGGUCUGAAGGAAGCUAAAGAAUUGGUGGAGAAGACUCCUUCGGUUUUGAAAGCUGGAUUGUCGAAAGAAGAAGGUGAGAAGAUCGUAGAGAAGCUUAAGGCUCUUGGUGCAAAAGUUGUUUUGGAGUGA